AUGCAACGCCUACAGAACGACUCCGCCUCCUACCACGACCUCCUCUGCGAGCGCGACGCCGCUAUUACGAAGGGCUGCACGACCAACUCCGCGGCGUGCGGGUGCGAUAUGUUGUCAGCCGAGAAUGCAAAGCUUGCGGAGCUUCAACGCAAGCUUGUGGAAUUUGAGAAAGCUAUGGCUAAGAUCCGAGCGGAGCAGGAGUCGAUAACGGCAAAGCGAAAGGAGGAGUCCAAAGAGGCCCAGAGCAACAUCUCUAAGCUGCAUAAUGCAAAGCUUGCUGAGAUGCGGCAAGCGACGGCUCGGGUCCGUGGAGACCGGGAGGAGGAGGCAAAACAGGCCACGAGCAACGUGCUUAAGCUGCGGAAGACCUAA